CUUUGGAAGAAUUAUAUAACUAUUUGUAAUUACAAAUGUUGCAAUCCUGAUUGCAAAGAAGUCAAUGAUAAUUAGCCUCCAAGUCACAAAAGAGGCUGGAUGAGGUUAAAAUCUUUUAAUUUAAGAGGUUACUCGUUUCCCCUGGUGUUCAGAACUCUAUUUUUAAUUAAAUGUGUAUGCCUUUGUGAUUUUAUGUAUUUUCCCUCAAUUGAGGAAACACGACUGGCAGAGGCUAGAGGGCAAAAUCCAGAGGUGCCAUCUUUUGAACAGAGAGUGGAAACUGUAGAACAGACACGGACACUAAGGAGAAGCCAGGACAUAGAAUACCUGGAGGCCCUCAACAGAGACCAGCAAAGGGACCAGGAGAGGGAAGCGCAGAGAUUGUCUUUGGAGUGUAGCGAGGAAGCUGCACAGUUGAUGGAAGAGAGGAGACUGAAUGCCUUACUGGAAAGACGCAGUCGCCUGUGUCCUGAACCUUUAGAUGGCUUCAGAAUCCAGCUCAAAUACUGUGAUGGUUCCAUGAAGUCGAGGCGGUUCCUACCUACACAGUCAUUGCAGAACCUUAUGGAUUACGCUGGCAAUGACGACUCGGCCAGUGAAAUAUUCUGGUUGAGCAUGCCAAGUGCAGGCACACGGCUAUCAAGCACUAUGACUGGAACUCUUGAAGAACAUAACUUGACUACACCUUGCACAUUAUUUGUUCAGUGGUUGGAAGGAGAGGAGGUGGAACAAAUCCGUUUCAACUCUCCAAAUCCUGAAUCCAACAUUGAUGAAUGGCCAGAGGCCCAUCCUCCACUUUGA